AUGGGUGCAUACAAGUAUAUCCAGGAGCUAUGGAGAAAAAGGCAGUCUGAUGUCAUGUGCUUUCUUCUGAGGGUCCGCUGCUGGCAGUACCGCCAGCUCUCCGCUCUCCACAGGGCUCCCCGCCUCACCUGGCCUGAUAAAGCGCGCCGACUGGGCUACAAGGCCAAGCAAGGUUACGUUAUAUAUAGGAUUCGUGUUCACCGUGGUGGCCGAAAAUGCCCAGUUCCUAAGGGUGCAACUUACGGCAAGCCUGUCCAUCAUGGUGUUAACCAGCUAAAGUUUGCUCGAAGCCUUCAGUCCGUUGCAGAGGAGCGAGCUGGACUUCACUGUGGGGCUCUGAGAGUCUUGAAUUCUUACGGGGUUGUCCACAAGCACAGGGAGAUGCGUGGGCUGACAUCUGCAGGCCGAAAGAGCCGUGGCCUUGGAAACGGCCAUAAGUUCCACCACACUAUUGGUGGUUCUCGCCGGGCAGCUUGGAGAAGGCGCAAUACUCUCCAGCUCCACCGUUACCGCUGAUAUAAGUAAAGUUUGUAAAAUUCAUACCUAAUAAACAAUUUAGGACAGUCAUGUCUGCUUACAGGUGUUGUCUGUUAAAACUAGUCUGCAGAUGUUUCUUGAAUGCUUUGUCAAAUUAAGAAAGUUAAAGUGCAAUAAUGUUUGAAGACAAUAAGUGGUGGUGUAUCUUGUUUCUAAUAAGAUAAACUUUUUUGUCUUUGCUUUAUC